UGUAACCCGAAAAACUUUUGGGCAUUUCAGGUCCCCCCCCCCUAACACUGAUCGAGCCCGUACGCCUAUGCUAAUAAGUAAACGUCAACUGACAUAUGAUCUAAUCGGGUUAUACAAAUAGUAUCACGUGACACCUAUUUACCCAAACAUUAUAUGUUGUUCAGACAUCUUGUAAAAUAUAUCUAGAUCUUUGGUAACGUGUUUAAUCAACGGAUGUUUUCUAAAAUGGAUUUAUAACGGCAAUUAUUUAUCAUUCUGAUUUCCUGGGAUUUUAAGAUGGCUUCUAAAUAUACCUGUUCUAUUUGUUUAAAUAACUUUACCAAACCCAAGCUACUGCCAUGUUGUCACCACACUUUCUGUGAACAUUGUAUAGGUGACUACAUCAAGGCUCAUGCUCAUUUGAACAAGUUUAACUGUCCUAUUUGUAGACAAGAAACAGUAGUACCAUCAGGUGGUGCCAAUCAGUUCGUCACCAACUUUUAUCUAGAAGACGAUGAUGAUGAUAAACAGUAUUGUACAAAACACAAGAAGAAAGAAAUAGAAGUUUAUUGUCGAGAUUGUCGUAAACCAUGUUGUUCUGUUUGUGUUAUGGUCGAUCAUAAAGACCACGAAUUGGCAGAUUUAGAUGAAGUAGACCAGGAGAUGAGAGAAAUUGUCAUGAAACUGAAAACUGAAUCAGAAAAGAAGAUAAAACAGUUACAAGAACAUUCUUACUUUCUGAAGACCAAAAUAUCUGACAUGAACAAAUCAUGUAAGACAGCUUGUGAUAAAGUUGAUAAACAAAUAGACAAUAUUUGUGAAAAAGCCAGGAAGAUGGGAGGAACAAUUAAAGAUGACAUCAAUAAAAUUGGUGAAGAUGAAAACAGUAAACUAACCAAACUAGUAGAAGAUGAUGACAAGAUGACAUCUAAAAUGAAAGAAUGGUGUGAAUAUGCUGAUCGUAUAUUACAACAUAAAUCUAUAAUUACAGCCGUAGAUAAACAUGGAUUAACAGAUGUUCAAACCAAAACAAAUUACAAGAUAUCAACAAAUUUACAUAAACCUGUAGUCAGACACCUAUAUUAUUCUAUGGAGGAGGUUGAUGUAGACUGUUUAAAACGACUACUGGGUGAAGUACAAACACCACCAUCAUAUACCAGUAGUUUUAGUUUGAAUCAGUUGAAGCCAGAUGGGGACUACAAAAGUGAUGUUGUAAUAAGACAAGGAUUAUCAUGGUGUGUAUGUGUUGAACAUGAAAGAUCAUCAUUAUAUAUUGAGCUGGUAUUGAAGAAAGUAGAAGAUGAAACUAUUAAAUCUGUUACAGGUAGUUAUACACUAAAACUGUUAAAUAUCAAUGAUGAGAGUGAAUCACUAGUUGAACAAGGUACAUGUACAUGUAAACCUGGUGAUAAUAUAUUUUGUGUAUUAUAUAUAGACUGGGAUAAACUACAAGAUAUAAACAAUGGUUUUAUUGAUGAUGACAAGAUAUUUACUGUAGAGGUUACUGUUAAUAUAACUGAUGUAGAACGAUAGUGAAGACAUAUAAUAAACAAUAACAGUUAUAGUUAUAUAAUAAACAUUAGCCUACAUUCAUAAACAAUAAUAGGAUAAACUACAGAAUGUCAACAAACAUAAUUUUUGUAAGGUAUAUAUUAUCGAAAUGUUCCCUCUAAAUUUUAGUAAUUAGUGAGCGCACACAUCAUGUGGUGUGCAAAUUUCAUUUUGUGGCAACAAUACGUGGACAAUAUAUGUACAAACAUGCGGAACUCUUUUGUUUUUGUUGUGAUUCGCGAUAUCUGAGAUCUUGAAUUAUUUGUUCUGUAUGUCCUAAAUGUUUUACGCUUGGUUCAACACGCGUGUGUCGAUGGCCAGGUGGGAACAAUGUACAUAACUAUAAGUGUCGUGUACAAGGCAGGAUAUACUUAGUCUGUCUAGAACAUUUGAUAUCACUUCUCGUGGAGUAAACUUAGUAAGUUCUACAUCUGACUAUUGAAUAUCUUUAUCUAGCUUUAAAUUAUUAUUAAGCAUCUAUUCACAUGGCAAGAAUAUAAUCAUCCGAUGGCCAUGAUAUUGGAUGAAUUAGAACAAUCCCGGCAUCUGACAUUUCAUCGUUUUAGUUUAAAUGGAUAAUCUAGACUUUGUUUAUUAUGGUAGCAAUUGUGCUUGACAAUCGAGACUAUCUAUUAAAAACUUCAAACACUCGUAACUCUUUAUUUUGUGCAAGGACAGUCAUAUGUUUAUAUAAAUCUUAAAUAAAGCACCUUCACCCGGAUUACAUUGGUAUAUAUUAUCUAAAUCUACUCCGUUAUGGUAGAAUUAAUUGUUCAUAUUAAUUGUUUGUAUCAUAUAUUAAUAAAAUAUUUU